AUGACAAAAGCAACGCAAACUGCAAGUUUUCUUGGUGUGAUUUUUACAAUUUACAUUAUUUUUUUAUUUAAAAUAAUUCCUCUUCCUGAAAUAGUACAAGAAGAUAUUUUACCUGUGCUUCCUUGGUGGGCGCUUGUUACAUUUGGUGCUUAUUCCCUUGGAAAUAUUGGAUAUCAUGUUUAUAUUUUCGGAGAUUGUGAAGAUGCUUACCGUGAAUUAAUGACGGAAAUUCAAAUAGCAAAAAAUGAUUUAAGAACCAAGGGUAUCACAGUAGAUUAA